GUCCGUGAACGCACCUCGCCUUGUCUGUCUGCUCUCUAGUUACAAGUAUGGCCGCUUGGACUUGCGGAGGAGGAGAACAACUUCUUAUAGAUUCCUCCCGGAAAACUGUAGGAAAGCGGCGGCUUUAAAACUCAACCGUCUCGGUAAAAAACACGACCUGGAACUGAGACACACGCGACGACGACCGCGCUCAACUUGUGGCUUUUACGGAGUUUUUUUUUUCCUUGGAAGAUAACCUGGAGCUUGUGUGAUGCGCGUGAGGACCCGCAGUCAAGAAACUCCCCUGACUGUCAGUUAGCUAGCCGGCUACCUGCUAGCUCGUUAGCUCAUCCACCGUUUCAUGCUAACAUUCGCUUGCAGGGGCUCCGUAGUAGCUCAAAAAAAGGCGGGCUAGCUUGCUGCUUUUAUUUUGCUCCCAGGAGACACAAGGGGAUGGCAUUUCGCCUCCAUCCCGGUAAGCGAACUGGUUGAGAGGGGUGUGGGGAGAAAACAUUUGGGCACCUGGUUGAUAAGUUUUGUCGGCACUCAUUAGCCUAGCCUAGCCUAGCUUACUUGGUUCAACGCCAGAAAACGUUGGCCGAGAGAGUUAGCGCUAGCUUUGCCCCGUCCGUUUUGCGAGCUAGCCAAUUAGCAUUUUAGUUGCACAAGAAGACCUGUGCUUAUCCCUCGUUCAUGAGUGUUUUUUGACGCGUCUGCACUAACUGAUAUCAGACCAAGAACCGCUUUAGUUAGCCUAAUUGACCGUAAAUGAUAAAUAACUCAAGGAUGUUUUUUUGCUAGUUAGUCGUUAGCGACCUUACAGGUGUUCUGGUAGAGGGAGUGGUGGCGCUAGGUAGCUAAGCUAAGGUAUCAGGGUAAACAGCGUCAUUCAGAUUAUUAUAGCUGUAAAUGACGAAUAGAUUACAAGACGACACGUUACUAAGCGGUGUGUAAGCCGACUGGCGUGUUGCACAGACAAGACUUAACACUGCUCGAAAGCGCGCAAUAAUAUUGUUAACUGUUCCCUUUGCCUGCUUCUUCAGUGCCGGAAUAGUUUGAUGGACGUGGGAGGCUGUUUUCCAGGCUGUCAGUGCUAUAAUACUCAGUCAUGUAUGUCUUGACACAUGGCACCCUGGUCUGUGCAUAGUGCCUGCUGUCAGAUAUAUAUAUAUAUAUAAGUAUCGUUAUGUAGUUUUGGUGCACAGUCAGUGAGGGGAAUGUCUUGUCUUUUUUAUACCUGUUGGUUUGUUUUUUAUUUUCAUUUGUUUCAAACACAGGAGUGUGAAUCGAAGUGGGAAAGCAGUGCAGCCCGGGCUGUGCACAGUGGACAAUGUUUAUUAGCUAGUGCCUAGGAACUUAAAAGGACUGACAGUUCUGCCUACACAUAUAGGCAACAGAUAUUGUACUUUUAUUCAUUGGUGGAUUGUAACUGAAGACUGCCACUCUGGAUCAAGAAAACCUGCCCCCCGUGUCCGGUUGGAGUAACACUCUUAAGCCAAAAUCAAUGCCUUCGGCGCUGGCCGUGUUUGCCUGCCGACCCAACUCGCACCCAUUCCAGGAGCGGCAUGUGUACCUGGAUGAGCCAGUCAAGAUCGGCAGGUCGGUGGCUCGGUGUCGGCCGGCCCAGAACAACGCCACCUUUGACUGCAAGGUGCUGUCCAGGAAUCAUGCCCUGGUUUGGUUCGACCACAAGGCCGGCAAGUUCUACCUGCAGGACACUAAGAGCAGCAACGGCACGUUCAUCAACAGCCAGAGGUUGAGUCGCGGCUCGGAGGAGAGUCCGCCCUGCGAGGUCCUCUCGGGCGACAUCAUCCAGUUCGGCGUCGACGUCACUGAGAACACACGCAAAGUCACUCAUGGCUGCAUCGUGUCAACAAUCAAACUCUUCCUACCUGAUGGGAUGGAGGCGCGGCGACGAAGCGAUGUCAUCCAGGCUCCGUUACCUCUACCUGUAGACAAGGUUGCUGCCAACACUCCCAGUAUGUAUUCUCAGGAACUGUUCCAGCUCUCCCAGUAUCUACAGGAGGCCUUACACAGAGAGCAGAUGUUGGAGCAGAAGCUAGCCACUCUGCAGCGUCUGUUAGCCAACACUCAGGAGGCCUCAGAGAGCAGCUGGCAGGCUCUGAUUGAUGAAGACCGUCUGCUCUCCAGACUGGAGGUGAUGGGCAGUCAGCUACAGGCUCACUCGAAGUCCCAGACGGAGGAAGGGAUCCGUAAGGAGCUCCUGGCUCUACAGGAGGACAAACACAACUACGAGACGACGGCGAAGGAGUCUCUGAGGAGAGUCCUGCAGGAGAAGAUCGAGGUGGUCAGGAAGCUGUCGGAGGUGGAGCGCUCGCUCAGCAACACGGAGGACGAGUGCACCCACCUGAAGGAGAUGUCUGAGAGAGGCCAGGAGGAGCUGAGGGAGCUCGCCAACAAGUACAACGCCGCCGUGAACGAGAUCAAAGAGCUCACGGACAAAAUUAAGGAGGCGGAGGACAGGCAGGAGGAGCUGACCCAGCGGGGAGCGAAGGAGAAGAGGGAGUUGGAGCUGCGGAUCGAGGAGAUGGAGGAGAAGGAGCAGGUUCUCCAGGCUCGCAUCGAAGCUCUGCAGGCCGACAACGACUUCACCAACGAGAGGCUCGUCGCCCUGCAGGUGCGGUUAGAACAGCUGCAAGAGAAAAGUAUUAAAGAAAACAACAGCCUGGAUGUCGACAUUGUCUCCCACGGACCAGUCGAGGACAAACGGAGCUGGCAGACACCUGAGAGCCAGGAGGAAGACGAGGAUGAUGAUACAGACACCGAUGAUGGUGCAUUUGGUGGAGAUGAAGAUAUUGAUGACAACUGUCAUGUUAACAACAGCGGAGGAGACUCGACUAGAAUCCAACAGUUGAUUGAGUGUCCGCCGGUCAAACAGCUGAAGGAGACUGUGAGUUCUUCAAUCCACAAAUUGGCCAACUUUGCCGAAGUGAUGGACGCUCACCUACAGAACAACCAGACCACAGAAGACGAUGACAUCUUGGCCAGCCCUGACCGACUAAAAGGCAAUCCGAUGGAUGCCAAAGAGUCAGACAUGUCAGACACUCUGAGUCCCAGCAAAGACCGCAGCAGUGACGACACGUCAGACGGCAACAUGGACGACCAGGAGCUGAUCGAACCACAGAACAGAGUAGCUCUGCUCAAAGCUGAGUUGCAUCGGGCCGGUCUAGAGCCUGGAGACACGGAGCAGGUCAUCCACCACCUCCACAGAGAGCUUCUGGACGCCCAGGAAUUAGCCAACACCGGCAAGCAGAGAUGUCAGGACCUACAAGCUCUGCUGGAGGAGGAGAGGAGGAGUAACUCUCAGCAGACUGAAGAGUCGACCAAACAGAUCCAGUACCUGCAGACUCAGCUUGGGAAGCUACAAGCCGACAUGGAGGCACUGAGAGAGCAGAGGGAGAGCACCAUCUGCACCACCAGAGAGGAGCUCUACUGCGCCCAGGAGGAGAUCCUCGUCCUGCGUCACGCCAUGGAGACGGCCACAGCGGAGCGGGAGCGGGAGAUCGCCGCCCUGCAGGCCGACCUGGGCGUCGUGCGGUCCGAGCUGGAGCAAUGGAGGGACACGGCCGCCAAGUACGAGAGCGAGAUCAGCCGGCUGCAGGAGUCCUUCACGCAGCAGCAACAGCAGCGGAGCACCGCCAACCAGCUGCAGGCGGAGUGCGUUAUGUUGCAGCAGCGAUGUGUGUGUUUGCAGCAGGACUGUGACGGUCUGAGAGGUGAACGGAAAUCUCUAACGGACAGACUGCACGGCCUGGAGAAUGAGCUGAGCAGCACCAGGGAGCAGAGUCUGGUCCUCAGCAGCAGUCUGGAGUCUCUGGAGAAGAGGGAGGAGGAUCUGCAAGACAAACUGGGUUCUUUGGAGAAUCAACACCUGCAGGACGCAAGCAAGCUGAAGAGCCAGCUGGACCAGGCCCAGGCCCACACACACACACUGCAGAGAGAGGUACACACACACACUGCAGAGAGAAGAGGCUGGAGCCCCUGGAUGCCGGUCAUCGCAGUGAUGGUCGCCGUGACGGCAGCCGUCCUCUACCCAAACCUCUCCAAGAGCAGCUCCACCUAG